AAACUCAUUUCGUGGGAGCUGACGUAUGAGUUUCAGAUCCGCCAUCGAGGCGUUAAAGGUGUGCUAUCUGUCGAUCCCAUGCUGGACGAACGCAGCAGCUGGGCAAGAAAUAAUAAUGUUGAGGAUAGCGGGUCAGUGUUGAAUGACUUAUCGGUUGUAUUUCGGCCUUCGCAGGACAAAUUCGAAGCACCGGAAGAUGAGCACAUUGAGAUCGUGAAAUAUUCAGUACCCACUCCAGUUUCUUUAUGUCGACCACUGAUAAGUAUUUUGGAUCAAGUUAGUUUCAUGCAAGGUCUAGUGGUGCACAGGCGUGUCACCAAACGAAUCCAUGAUCUUCUGGAUGAACAGCUGUCUUAUUUAGUCAACAUGCUGACGGAUGAAGAGAAGAUUUGA